CCAAAUUCUAAUUUAUCUUUCCCAAGCAGAAGAAAAAGCUUAACUCUUAGCCACUGCACAACCUCUCACUCCCGGCUACUGUCGCCGCCGCCGCCGCCGCCGAAAACCUAACUUCCUCUUUCUGUCUUCGUCAACUUCUCUGCCUCCGCGGUUUGGUCUUAAUGGACUGUAGACUUAUUUCUUUCAAUCGGAGCGGUGGUUUAUUUGCUACCACAAGAGCUAAUACUCAACGGCUCUCACCUUAUUCUCAGCGAAGGUCAUUUCGUUGCGCUACAUAUUGCUCAAUGAAGUCCUACAAGCUUGCAGACCUUUCUAGGACUGAGGUUGAUAGCCUCAAAAGUCGUCCUCGAAUUGACUUUUCAUCCAUCUUCAAUGUGGUUCAACCGAUUGUUGAUGAUAUCCGGAGUAAAGGUGAUGCAGCUGUGAAAGACUACACGAUGCGGUUUGACAAAGUCAGACUAGACAACAUAGUGGAGAGUGUCAGCGAUCUUCCAGAUCCAGAGCUUGAUCCAGCUGUUCAAGAAGCAUUUGAUGUGGCUUACAAUAACAUUUUUGCUUUUCAUGCUGCCCAAAAGCCAGUUGAAAAAGUUGUUGAGAACAUGGAAGGUGUUAAAUGUAAAAGAGUGGCAAGAUGUAUUUCAUCUGUGGGUCUUUAUGUUCCUGGUGGAACUGCUGUGUUGCCUUCUACAGCUCUCAUGCUUGCAAUUCCUUCCCAGAUUGCUGGGUGCAAAACAAUUGUACUUGCAACCCCUCCUGCUCAAGAUGGAAGCAUUUGUAAGGAGGUUCUUUAUUGUGCAAAGAAAGCUGGUGUUACUCAUAUUCUUAAAGCAGGAGGUGCUCAGGCAAUUUCAGCUAUGGCAUGGGGAACUGAAUCUUGCCCUAAGGUAGAAAAGAUAUACGGACCUGGAAAUCAGUAUGUUACGGCUGCAAAAAUGAUUCUCCAGAACAGUGAGGCUAUGAUUUCAAUAGACAUGCCUGCUGGACCAUCAGAAGUGCUUGUCAUAGCCGAUAAGCAUGCCAGCCAUGUUCACAUAGCAGCAGAUUUGCUUUCACAGGCUGAGCAUGGACCUGAUAGCCAAGUUGUUCUUGUAGUUGCUGGAGACGGUGUUGAUAUAACUGCAAUUGAGGAGGAAAUCAGCAAGCAAUGUAACAGCCUUCCUCGGGGAGAGUUUGCUUCUAAAGCACUAAAUCACAGCUUUAUUGUUCAUGCACGCGAUAUGGUUGAGGCCAUCGCUUUUUCUAAUUUGUAUGCACCUGAGCAUUUAAUUAUCAACGUGAAAGAUGCCGAGAAGUGGGAAUCUUUCAUAGAGAACGCAGGUUCUGUAUUUUUGGGUCAGUGGACUCCGGAGAGUGUGGGAGACUAUGCAAGCGGCACCAACCAUGUUCUACCGACAUAUGGGUAUGCAAGGAUGUACGGUGGAGUGUCGUUAGAUUCGUUCUUGAAGUACAUUACAGUUCAGUCAUUGACAGAAGAAGGUCUAAGGAAGCUUGGGCCUUACGUAGCAACUAUGGCUGAAGUUGAGGGGCUCGAUGCACACAAGAGAGCCGUGACACUCAGACUGCAGGAUAUUGAAGCUAGACAAGUAUCUAUCUGAGGUAAGGGCAGACUGAAUGUGUUCCUGAAAAAAAAACUGCUACUCCCUAAAUUUGUGCCUUUAUAGAGUUGAUGUCAGGCAAUGUACCAUGAGUUUUUACUCUAGAGUUGUGUCCCUUUAUUUACAACUAACCGAAAUAAUACUGUACUAAUAGACUAGUCAUUUUGUUUAGAAAUUCAGUUGUCAGUCCAAAUUAUAUCUUGUUGGGGUUAAUUGUAAAUUUGUUCUUCGUGGAUGCAAGUAUGAAUUUGCACAUAAUCUCGAAA